UAUAACACAAUGACAGAAAGAUGUUGUGAUGAUGGACCUAUAAAAUUCCAAAAGCGUUCAGAGCAGUGCUGCGGUGCUACAUUAUAUGAUUCAAAAGCCCAGGGAUGCUGUGGGUCAAGCUCGUUUAAUAUUUCAACACACACCUGCUGUGCAUCGAGCGGUAAUAUGGUAGCAAAAUACACUGAUGAUAAGUGUUGUGGGACCAAGACUUACAACAGUAAGGUGACAGUGUGCUGUGCUUUUGAAAACAAAAUAGAAAUUGUCAAUAAAUCGAAAGAUAACCAUGACAGCUGCUGUUCAUCAGGAAGUAUGAACGUGACAGAGUCCUAUUCCAAAAACACUCACUACUGUUCCCUUGGAAAAGUGAUUUCAAAUGAUAUCAAGAUGUGUGGAUCAUUUGAAUAUAAAGAAGACAGCGAUAUAUGCUGUCAAGGCGUAUUCGAAAAAGAUGGUAAAUUGAGUGGGAAAAAAUGCUGUGGAGUAGGAAGUUUCUCAAAGGCAACACAUCUCUGCUGUACAAAUCAAAUUUACUCAAGAAAGAAGAAAAGAAGGUGCGGCAAAGAACCUUCAAAUGAAUUGCAAAACAGACGACCAAGAAAUAUGAAAACUUCCACUAAGGGAGUGUGUCGAAUCUGUAACAAUUCAAAACGAUUUUUCGUCAAAGCUUUAAAAUCGAAUGGCUUUAAUGUUUGCAAACGACAAGCAUUGAAAGUCAGGAUUAUUAGUCAAAGGCGUCAUUCGGGUAAACGUAGAAUAAAAAUGAUUAUUCAAACAGACCUAUAUUCUGAAAAAGACUAUGAAAGAAAGAAAAUAGAAGUUUUACUGCCUUGUUCAUGUCGUCGCAUACGUGCAUCUAAGGCUAUAUUGAUAACUGAAUUGGAAGAUUUUCGUGAAACUGUUAGACUUGGUGACUGUGAUAUUCUUCUACCAUGGUACUCGAGUGUAAGAAAACAUGUUCUUCGACAAUGGAAAACAUGUAAAACAAAGAAAAACGACUUAGUGGUAAAUAACAUGUUAGAAAUCAAAUCAUUUAUAGACUACAAGUACAAUAAACUAACAGAAAACAAUCUAGAAUAAUGGUGUUAGGUCUCUAAAUGACGCAUACAUUGAAAACAUUGUACUAAACCGGUCUAUUUUAAUAGUAAACAAACCAUUUGAAAAACUUAACAAAAGUCCCUGACACAAAAUUUUGACAUUGAAACCCAUAUUUUAGAGAGUGGAUAUUGAUUUCGAUUUACGUAUGUCUUGAGUGAAAAGGAAAGCAAAUGCAGGUUUUUUUUCCUUCAUUUUGAUUGUUUAUGCUUUCCUGUAAAAUUAUCACUGAAACUUCCUCGGAUUCCAAAAAAUAAAUUGUCAAGUAAAACAUGUGGCGGUUAAGUAACAAAGAGGACAUGAAAAAAAAUAUAAGUGGUUUAACGAAACGCGGUUUAACAAGAAUUUAGAACCGAAAUUUUCACACAACAAAAUAUCAGAAUAAUCGUUUAUUCUUUUCUGGAACUGAUGACCAUGUCAACUAUUUCAAUUUUCAUUUGAAAAUCUUUGAAAAAAUCUCUUUAAAUCAACAAUGGACUGAUGGCCAAAGUAACCCUAUGUAUAAAUAUAACGGUAUUUUUUUUCUACCGUCGUUUUAUAUCUAAAGCGCUUCGGACGCAUGAAAUUUAUAUUUUAAUUACACCUUAUGUAAGAAUCCUGGGUUUUGAUUGGUUGAUAGCCAGUGUAUUUUUCACCAAUUCACUGUUAUCAAUGAAUAUCGUUCAUUUUUUAACGCCGCCGGGUUAUUUGCCAAAAGGAUAUGCCUUUGUUACCCUCUCUGACGUGGUAUUCGCCAAAAAUUACUCUAUCCGACUGGACGCUUGUAAAGUCACGAUCAUCACUGCGUUUUUAAACAUUAACAUUCGGUGUAAUUAAACAGAUAUAUCAUGUUCUUGAGGGGUAUUUGCGAAAAAUACCAGUCUUGAGAAUGAAUUUCCCUCGCCUUUCGGCUCGUUAAUUUUAACAUUCUCUCGACUAGUAUUUUUCGCAAAUACCCCUCCUCAACAUGAUAUAUCUGUUUAUAAUGUUUUCAUUUUUUUACUGCACUGGGUCGAUACCUCUGCGUGUGGACUAUCAAUAUCCGAGGGUAUCAUCAGCUCUAUAGUCAGUAACUCGGUACUGUAAACAUUUAUAAGAAUCCUUUCUAAAAUUGUGAGUUUAUAAAUUUAAAAAUUAUGAAGAAACUAAGGUUUCUACUGCCACAACCUUAAAUGACUUAAGAUAGAUUUGUCUAUUGUAAGAUUCUUUUAGUCAUAUAACUCUUUAAAUGUUUAGGUUCUUAAUCCAUCCUUUGAUUUUAAAUAUUUGGCUUUGAGCGUUCCUGAUGAAGGUAAAUCCAGAAAAGCGCUACGACCACAUGACUUUUAUAUCUUGUUGGUUUUCAUUUUUUCCAAAUCACUUAAAGUCAUAAGAAACCUCAAAUCAAAAAAAAUAUUGCAUAUGUUUUUUUUAUAACUCAAUGGUUAUUUUUCAUUAUAAAACUUGUGUACAUAUACUUUUUUCUGAAGAAAAUUCUUUAAUUUAUUCAUAUUUAGAAGACGUUUACUUUAUUUUAUUUGCUUGCUUCCAGGAAGCAAUUCCCCCGACAUAUUUUCCGUAUGCAAAGUGACCUCAGUGUGACCCAUCUCGUAAAAAUGCGGUGAUCACAAUACGCAUGUAUGUCCUUAAAAAUAAACUAUUCUCUGAAUUUACAUGUUAAACACGUGCUCAAUUUCCAUGCUUUUUCUUGUUUUUUUGUCGAUUGUUGACAAACAGGUGACAAUCGUUAAACUUCGGCUUCAAAACACGAACUAUAAUUACCUGCCAUAGUUUCACAACAACACUGACCGACAGAAAAAACAAUUGACGAUUAUACGAAAUUUACACUACAAAAUUGAUAAAUUCGUGCAUAAAAAGUUAAUGAUGUUUGUAUGCAUUGGUUCAAGAAUUGGAAGAUCAUUAUUUUUCACCGGUCACUCGUUUCUUAUGACUUUAAACAAUCCCUAAAAAUAAAUAAUUCAUGCUUAUUCUAUCAACACAUUAUAAAAAAUAAUAUUUUUAAUGUUGCUUUUCUUUUCUUUUGGGAUGUUGAUUUUGCUAAAGUGCUGUUUUUAUUGCUCCUCUGGUAUAUUUUAACCUAAUUAGGACAUCUUUUUUGAGUGCGAGUUUGCAUUGUGGGAAAUGCAUGCAGAGUUAAAGUCACUUACCAUGUCAAAAUUGUGUAGUAUAAUAUUUGCUCAAUGUACAGUGUUUUGUGAAGUGUUUAUAAUGAUGUUAUUCAUAUAUUCGUAGUUUUUUUAUUUUUGCAUGGUGUGUUUUGUACAUUGCAUAACAUUUUGUUUUUAAUUCCCCAUUUCUAUCGUAUCACCUUCUUACAUGCAGAGCUAUACUAAGCUAGUUUCAACACAUUUGUUUAACCUUUUGAUAACCUAGUUACUAGUACACGAAUUUGACUGUGAUUGUGUUCUUUGAACCAGAUUCGAAGUCCGACUCUACCUAUGAUUGCACUGUACGUAGUAUUAAUGCAUAAGACUCUUGAUAUGCAGAGUUAAAUGAUCAAAUAACAUUCUUUGGGUGUCCAAAUAUAACGAUAAUCAUUGCUAAAACGUUGUUAACGAUUGCAGAACUGCAUUAUUUAAAUAUUUAGUCCAGAAACAAGUUGCUGGCAUUUUCUCUAUCAAACUAAUAACUAGUGAAAUUUUUGAAAAAAAAUAUUAUACAGUAUUAUUAUUAAUACAAAAGUGAUUUUAUUCAACAAUCAACAACGUUUUCAUGUCAAUCAUAUGUGGUAUACCUCGUUGUUACUUAGACAGAUAAACUAGGAAUGACAUGAAGCUACUUCAAUCCUGGAGAAGACUUUAGAUAAAACUAAUUCUAAUAAAAGUUAAAACUUAAAACACAAUACGUAGGUAAACAGGGAAGAGAGGUACUAAUUUUUUACCGACGACAAAAAUAUAAAAUACAGAAUUGGUUUGUUUUUGAUAUCGUCUAGUCUUAUUUGCAGCUCAUUUCACUUUGAUAUAACUGUUUUAAGCGUCCAAUUAUUUUCAAAAAGAGUAGAUUUAGCAAUGAUGUGACGAGAAACCAGCCUUGUGUAUUUGGUUCGUGCUGAUCUAAAAUCAUAUUAAAUAUUCAUAUAGAGUGAAAUUAAAGUGUCAAAUGAUAAAAAUAGUUUUAAACAUUUCAUCACUUUGUUUAAAUCCUUCAAGGUGGAUAGAGAGAGGGAGAAAGAGAAAUUGGUGUCAAUCAUUUGUAAAUAUCUUUUUUCCUUGUUCAUUUUUAUUGUGUUGCUCAAUUUAUUAUUUAUUGAUAUUAUAUGGGUUAUUGCAAUUAAAUGAUAUUGUAGGGCAAGUUUUUGAUAUAUUUAAAAUAAUAUAUUUAUAUACAUGUAAGAAGAUCAAGGCCAGUUAAAAAAGAUUUUCACACUAUUGAAAUCAUUUUUUGUUACUUUAAUGAUUUUACAA